AUGGAUCAAUCCUCCUUCCUCAACCUCAUCAGCAUCCGCCGCAACCAAGUCCCCCUCGACCAAGAACUCGACGACCUCGAACUCUUCCAAAAGCACGUUUCCAUCCGCUUCUCCUACCUCCUUCCCUCCUCCGAUCCCUCCUCCACCACCACCACGCCCGACAAUCAACCUCCUCCAGGACCACCCCCUCCCUUCCUCUCCAUCCCCUGGCUCCGCGACCUCCUCGACACUUUCCUCUGCUGCGAAGCCGAGUUCAAAGCCGUCCUCAUCCUCGACCGCGACCCUUCCCAAUUCUCCCGUCCCCCUCUCGACCGCCUCAUCCCUGACCUCCUCGACCGCACCCUCAAAUCCCUCGACCUCCUCACCUCCGUCUCCCUCGCCCUCGACCACCUCUCCUCAAUCUCCCUCCUCCUCGCCCGAAUCUCCCUCUCCUCCCUCUCCCCCUCUCCCCUCACCUCCGGCCACGUCCGCCGCUCCCUCCGCUCCCUCUCCUCCCUCCUCUCCUCCCUCAAAUCCUCCUCCCCCAAAUCCCGGUCAUGGUCCGCCGCCAAGCAGAUCCAAUCCAUGUCGGCCAACCUCGUCGCGCCACGCGGCACGGACUCCUCCGGCCCCGCCCAGCCCGUCUACAUCAUGAGCACCGUGCUCGUGUUCACCAUGUGGGCGCUCGCCGCGGCCGUCCCCUGCCAGGACAGGGUCGGGCUUCCCGCCCACGUGCCGGCGCCGGCGGGCCGUGGGCCAGGCGGGUGUUGGGCCCAACCGAUAGCCGGGCUCGUGGAGAAAAUCGGGGAGGAGUGGAAGAAGAAGGAGAAGGUGGGAGGGGCGGGUUUAUUGGAGGAGGUGGUGAGGAUGGAGAAGGCGGCGCAGGCGCUGGCGGAGAUGGCGGAGGGGUUCGUGUACCCGAUGGAGGAGGAGAGGGCGGCGGAGGUGGCGGCCACGGUGGAGGAGAUGGCGGAGGUUUGCCGGAGGAUGGAGGAAGGGUUGGGGCCGCUGAAGAAGCAGGUGAGGGAGGUGUUUCAUAGGAUGGUGAGGAGUAGGGCGGAGAUUCUUGAUGUGCUUGAUCAAGUUACCAAGUCUUCUGUUCCGGUCCCAUAUUAG